GGUGAUUCGAUAUCACGUUAAAAUAUUUCGUUACCUAAAAGCCUAUAAACCGCAUCCGCAUCCGCAUCCGAUCUCUGAGAUGAAGCUUCUAGUCCUCGGCGUUGCCUUUGCCGCUCUGGCAUCAACUUCCCCUAUCGUGCCCCGCGACAAUGGUGUUUACACCGAUGUCGUAUGGUUCACUGUGGAGAAGAUUGUGACCGUCACUGCCAGCCAACUCGCCCCGACGACCGUGCCAAUCAGUGUUGCAGACUCUCCUGGCUACAAUCAUGUCUCCAUCAGCGAUGUGAGACACCACCACGAACCUUCCCACCUCUCCUCUACGACAGUGUCCAGAUCUACUAUCCAAGAGCCAGCCUCAUCCAAACAGGCCUCUUCAGCCGCCGCCCCACCAGCAUCUUCCCCAUCCCUAGCUUCCAACUCCCCCGGCAUCGCAGCCUGCCACUCCAACCCCACCACCUACCAAGCCAAAGUCCUCGACGCCCACAACUGCCACCGCGCCAACAACUCCGCCCCCGCCGUCUCCUGGGACGACGCCCUCGCUGCAACCGCCCAAAAGAUCGCCGAGACCUGCAUCUACGCGCACAGCAUGGACGUCGACGGCGGCGGCUACGGGCAGAACAUCGCCGCCGGCACCGAGGCCGCGCGCGUCGACUGGAUCAUCACCGAGGGCUUCUACAACGGCGAGGUCAACGCGUACCCGGAGGCCUCGUACGGCGCCGACAAUCCCGAUAUGACCCACUUCAAAUCCUGGGGGCAUUAUAGCCAGGUGGUGUGGAAGAGCACGACGCAUGCGGUUUGCUAUACGAAGGAUUGCACGGGCAGUGGCAAAGGGCCGAAGGGGUUGGAGGGCGUUACGGCGGAUUGUACGCCUUUUUUUACGGUUUGUAACUAUAAGGGGCCCGGGAAUUUUGGCGGGGAGUAUGGGAAGAAUGUGGGGAGACCGAAGGGGUAUGCGACGGUGCAUGGGAAGGGAUGGAAGCCGCCGAAAUAGGGGAGGGGAAGGCUUGGGAGUUGAACAUGUGUUUUGUGGAGGAUUCUAGGACACAUGUGGUUGAUGUGCGUUGCGAUCUGUCCGCUACUUUGCACUGCACAUUCUUCACUUUCUUCUAUAGGUAUGGCUAGAGCUAUCGAACAGCUACAGCUUUUAUACCUGCCUAUGGGUA